AUGCCGCUGCCCGCCGUGGAUGUCAACUUUCUCCUGGGCGUGGCGCGGCGCAUGCAGGAGCGCCGGCUGCACGUGUACGUGCCCGGCACCCACCGCUCCGCCGUCGCCAUCGUCCUGCGCUUCGGUGAGGCGGAGCAGCAGCGCGCCGCCCACCGGUUGCUCUCCUGCCGCGACGCCGGCCUCUCCUCCGUGCAGCUGCUGCAGCCCCUCGCAGGCGCCGCCACUGCCGCGCUGCCCUCCUCACUGCGGGUGCUGUUUGUCCGCCGGGCCGAUUUGGCGGCCGACCGGUGGAGUGGAAGCGUGACGUUCCCCGGCGGCCGACGCGACGCGGGCGACGCGAAUGACAGGCGCGCCGUCGAGCGUGAGGUGGACCAAAUGCUUGGGAUUCCGCUGCAGUCGAGGGACUUCGUUUGCCUGGGCCGUCUGCGCGACUACGCCAUCCGCAGCCGCCACAUUCAGGCGGCGGGGGCGGUGCAGUCCCGGUUUGUCUUUCUGCACACCGGGGAGCUGGCGCCCACGCUGCGCUUCUCCCGCCACGAGGUGGAGGCGGUGCAGUGGGUCCCCCUCACCGCCUUCACCGCGGAGCACGUCGACUGGGGCUCUGUCUGCCACCCCAUAUGCUGCUUUGUGCACGCGUCCAACGCCGACUCGAGGCUCCUGCUGGCGGAGGCCUUCGCGCACGCCUACCUGGCCUUCCCAAGCGUGCAGCUUCCCGGACAGUGGCGUCUGUGGGGGCUGGCGCUGCGGUCCGCAAGCGAGCUUCUCUCGCUGGAUGACAGGGCACCCAUCGACUGGCCACUGGUGUCGUCCAACAACCCGUGGCUGCAGCACCUCAUUAUCGACGCGUUCCACGGCUACUGCGAGGUGCGCUACGCCUACCACCGCCUGCGAGCCCGGCUGCGGUGCACGGACCCGGCAGCGUUAACACGGCACAUGAUUCUUCCACCCACCGCUGACGCCAUCAUGUGGGGAGUUCCAGACCGCGUGGUAACACGUCACGUGUUGUUUCUUUCGCUCGACGUGGCACUGCUGCUUCUUGCCAUUUACUGCGUAGCGGGCGUCAUUUUCACCGCGUCCGUCGCCUGCCGCACGGCGCUUGGCUGGAUGGACGCCGAUGGAGACAAGCGGCGGCUGCGUGCCUACUACGCAGCCAACGUCUCCUCCCUUGUGGAGAGUGCGCCGCCGCCGCGGGGCGGGGAUGCGGGAGAGGGAGCCGCGGCGAUGACUGCGGGGGACGGCGACUUCGCGGCGGCGGCGGCGGCAACGGGCGAUGGUGCGACUGAAAUCGCCGCGGUGAGUUCUGGCGCUGGCGACAGCCCGCCCCUCCCUUCGCUGCCGAACACGGACGAGUGGGAGGCGCUCCGGUCCACUGUGAGGCGAUGGGCCGGCGAGGGCAACGUCACCCCCGCCGUGCACGAAGCCCCUGCCGGAGGCGAGAAGGAAUGA